AUGAUACGCUCUAUAAACGCUGUCGUUUUCAAGCGCAGCUUCUUACAAGCUCGUCUUUUUUGUUCAUAUACAAGACCAGACAAUUCAAUUCAGGACCUACACGUGUAUAAACUCAACAAGAAGAUCUCGCAUUUGUCAAAAACUGGUCAAAUUAAUGAAGCAAGAGCAUUAUUUGAUCAAAUGGAGCAAAAAAAUACAGUUUCAUGGAACGCAAUGAUGAGUGGGUACGUGAAACGUAGAGAAAUGGCUAAAGCAAGGAAACUGUUCGAUGAAAUGCCUCAGAGAGAUAAUUUUUCAUGGAAUUUAAUGAUUUCGGGGUAUGUUUCAUGUCAUGGGAUCGGGUUUCUAAAAGAGGGGAGAAGCUUGUUUGAUAGAAUGCCGGAGAGGGAUUGUGUAUCCUGGAAUACGAUGAUUGGCGGGUAUGCAAAGAAUGGAAGAAUGGAUGAGGCAUCAGAGGUGUAUUUAAUGAUGCCGGAGCGGAAUGUUGUGUCUUGGAAUGCUAUGGUUACUGGGUUUUUGCAGAACGGUGAUGUGGCGGGUGCAAUUGAGUUUUUUGAGAGAAUGCCUGAGAAGGACGCUGCGUCGCUUAGUGCGCUUGUGUCUGGUCUUAUUCGGAAUGGGGAGUUGGACGAGGCUGCAAGAGUGGUGGUUAGGUUUGAGAGGAAUGAAGGUGGGAAAGAUAAUUUGUUGCAAGCUUAUAAUACUCUCAUUGCGGGGUAUGGUCAGAGAAGCAGGGUCGAUGAAGCUCGAAAACUUUUUGAUCAAAUACCGGUUUGUUAUGGCAAAGGGAAAGGAAGAGAUGGAAGGUUUGAGAGGAAUGUGGUGUCAUGGAAUACUAUGAUCAUGUGCUAUGUUAAGGCAGGAGAUAUUGUUUCCGCUAGGGAACUCUUUGACCAAAUGAUGGAACGCGAUACCAUUUCUUGGAAUACCAUAAUUGCUGGCUAUGUUAACGUGUUAGAUAUGGAUGAGGCCUCGAAACUGUUUUGUAAAAUGCCAAAUCCUGAUAUUCUUUCGUGGAAUAAGAUGAUUGCAGGGUAUGCUCAGAUUGGUGAUUUGGAUCGUGCUAAUGAUUUCUUUGGGAGGAUGCCCCGAAAGAACGUGGUGUCAUGGAAUUCUGUAAUAACAGGAUAUGAGAAAAAUGAAGAUUAUAUUGGAGCAAUUAAGAUCUUCAUUCAGAUGCAAGUUGAAGGUGAGAAACCUGACAGGCAUACUUUAUCUUCUGUUCUUAGUGUGUCUACUGGGAUAGUGGAUCUUCUACUGGGAAUGCAGAUCCAUCAGCUGGUAACAAAGAUGGUUAUACCAGAUGUGCCAAUAAAUAAUGCCCUCAUUACCAUGUACUCAAGAUGCGGAGCAAUAAUUGACGCAAGGACAAUUUUUGAUGAGGUGAAACUGCAAAAAGAAGUAAUUUCUUGGAAUGCAAUGAUUGGAGGAUAUGCUUCUCAUGGUCAUGCUUCAGAGGCUCUGGAAGUUUUCAAAUUGAUGAAAAGUUUUGACGUGCAACCUACUCAUAUAACAUUUAUUUCAGUUUUGCAUGCCUGCGCUCAUGCAGGACUAGUUGAAGAAGGUCGACGGAUAUUUAUAUCCAUGGCUACUGAAUAUGGAAUUGAACCAAGUGUUGAGCACUAUGCCUCACUGGUGGACAUCAUGAGCCGUCAUGGGCAGCUGGAACAGGCAUUGGAUAUGAUCAAUGGCAUGCCAUUUGAACCAGAUAAAGCUGUUUGGGGUGCAUUACUAGGUGCUGCUAAGGUGCAUAACAAUAUAGAAGUGGCCCAAGUUGCCGCUGAAGAAUUGAUAAGACUUGCGCCUGACAGUUCAGCCCCAUAUGUCUUGCUAUACAAUAUGUAUGCUGAUGUAGGGCAAUGGGGCAGUGCAGCGGAAGUGAGAAAGAUGAUGGAAAGGAGUAAUAUCAAGAAACAAGCAGCAUAUAGUUGGGUGGAUUCCUCCCAUUGCUGA